AUGGCCACAGCGAGCGAUGAUAUCGAGAAGCUUUACGAACACGGGGAGAAACUAGCGAGCUCGAAGGACAAGUCGCAGAACGAAAAGGACUACCUCGGGGUCAUCGCGGCAGCGACGGGGAGCAGCAAGGCGAAGCUGUUCGCAGCGCAGCAGAUUCCUCGCUUCUUCAAAUUCUUUCCGCAGCUGUCCGCCGAAGGCAUUAACGCGCAGCUAGAUCUCUGCGAGGAUGACGACAUCAAUGAGCCGGAGCAUGGAGUGGUGCAGAACUCGUUGAUGCAGGUGCUCCGGCAGGACCCCAAAGGGAGUCUGGCGGCCAUAUUCAAGCACAUAGAGAGCUCCGAGGACAAGCUGAGGGAGAACGUGCUGUCCUUCAUCCGAGCCAAGGUGUUUCCGAACAAGGCGAGCGUCCUGGUGCCUCAGGCGGAGAUGGAGCGACACGUGACUGACCUGAUCAAGGGCAUACAAGACGUGACGGGGGAGGAGUUCGCGAUGUUCAUGGCGUUCCUGCAGGGGCUGGCGCUGUUUGGCGCCAAGGCACCGCCAGAGCGCAUGCAGGAGCUGGUGGAGAUCGUGGAGGGGCAGGCCGACCUCCUCGCGUCCUUUGAUGUCAGUCACCACACUCACACUCACACCCCCUGCACCCCUCUCUCGCCCUCCCGUGCUCGCCUUCCUUCUCUCGCCCUCCCUCUCGCUCGCCUUCUCCGGCCCUCCCUCUCUCUCGCCUUCUCUGGCCGUCGCUCGCCUUGUGGUGACACGGAUCACAUAGAGCGGGUCAUGGCGUGCCUGCAGAUGGCGCUGCCCUUCUUCGCUGUGAGUUCCCUGCUACCUACCUGCCACUCUCCCCUCCCUCCCAUUGCCCGUGCACCCCAUGCUGCCCCUGCUCCUGUGUGCGCCAUGCAUAUCCCCCGCCAUAGGGGCGGGUCCAACAGCAAGUUCUUCAACUUCAUCGCCAAGCACAUCCUCCCCGCCUUCGAUAAGGUGGCGGAGGACAGGAGGGGCGAGCUGCUGAGGAGCAUGGCGGAGGCGUCGCCAUUCACAUCGCCAGCCGACUCCAGACACCUGCUGCCAGGGGUCACCGACCUGCUCAAGGACUACAUGGCAAAGAAGGGCGCAGAUGUGGACGUGACGGCGCUGGAGGCGCUGCUCUUCACGUUCAACCAGCUCGCGCACAAGACGCCCAACGCCACGAAUGCGCUGUGCGGGUACAAGAUCGUGACGGGGCAGCCGUCCGACCGCCUGGGGGAGGACUUCAAAGACCUGCACGCCGACUGGCUCGCCAGGGUGACGGGCAUGGAGGAGGACGUGAAGAAGCGCAUAAAAGCAGUGCUGCAGGAGGUGGCGGAGGUGAGCAAGCAGCAGCGCUCCGCCAAGGACGAGCCCACCAUCACCGACCUUCAUGCUUCACACAUGCACAAAGGAGAGAAGGCAGCAGCGGCGCGCACGCUCAAGGCACUGCAAAACAUCGAGAAGCUUAGCAAGCCACUCAAGUCCUCCGUGCCGCAGUUCCUGGGUGGCAAGGCGGCACCGGCGCUCUCCUGGAAGCCCGAGGCUGCUGCCCCUGCAGGGCCCUGCGCUGCCAAGCCUGGCCCAGCACAAGCAGUCGGGUAA